UUUGAUCUAUAACACUCUCUAGGGUGACAACCUAGAUCGACCAAUUCCAGACCUGAAACUAACUGGUGUUUUACCAGCCCUAGACAGACUCCGACAUGAAUCCCUUACAGCUGCCAUCAUGGCACCCGGGGAGAAGAUCACUGCCAAAAUAAGGAAGAAUCUCCCCAUCAAAGGGCCUCAGGCCCCGACCAUCAAGGAGCUGAUGAAAUGGUACUGCCUCAACACCAACACCCAUGGCUGCCGCCGCAUCGUGGUGUCCCGGGGCCGCCUGCGCCGGUCUGUCUGGCUCCUGCUCACCCUGACGGCCGUAGGGCUGAUCGUCUGGCAGGGAGCCCUGAUCAUCCUCACCUCUCACGACAAUACGGUGUCUGUCCAGGUCUACUUCCAGAAGCUGGAUUUCCCUGCAGUCACCAUAUGCAAUAUCAACCCUUACAAAUACAGUACACAGAAAGCUCUUUUAGUCGACUUGGACACCUAUACCAUGGACCUACUGAAGAAACUUUAUGGAUUUUCAAAAACCAGAUUGAAGGUUCUACAGGGAGGUAACUUGGAUACCAUCAAGAAAAGGCUAAGAAAGAAAUUCACCGACUUCCUCCCUCUGCUCAUUUUCCAAAACAAUGACCCCAGUAAGGUGGCCACUGAGAUCCUCACUGGAAGAAGAUGGAAAAUCAAAGGAGACAUUGUCCAGGCUUCUCCCACAACUGCCUCCUUGCAGCCCCACAAGGAUAUGGUGGGAUUCCAGCUGUGUGCUAAUGAUGACCCCACCAGCUGUACUAUCUACGCUUUCAAUUCUGGAAUAGAUGCCAUUCAGGAAUGGUACAAGCUUCACUUCUUGACUAUCAUGGCCCAAGUGCCCCUCGAGGAGAAGAUCAGAAUGAGCUAUUCCAUUGAGGAGUUUCUGGUCACCUGCUUCUUUGAUGGGCUCCCUUGUGACUCCAGACACUUCACUCUAUUCCAUCACCCGGAGUAUGGAAACUGCUACACUUUCAACAGUGGAAAAGAGGAGCCUGUUCUUAGUACUUCCUUGGGAGGCAGUGAAUAUGGACUGCAAGCUAUCCUUUAUAUCGACAAAGAGGAAUAUAACCCCUUUCUGGUCUCAUCAUAUGGGGUCAAAGCUAUUGUCCAUCACCAAGAUGAAUACCCCUAUAUAGAGAAUAAAUGGACCGCAAUAGAGACAGGAAAGGCCACUUCCAUAGGGAUGCAUCUGGUUAAAUUGGAGAAGAGCCAACAACCACACAACAAGUGUACUGUGGAUGGAAGUGAUGUGCCUGUGAUGAACCUCUUCAAUGCAAACUACUCCAAAGAGAUCUGCUUUCACUCAUGCUUCCAGAUGCAGAUGGUGGAGAAAUGUCACUGUGCCCUUUCCUCUCAGCCAUUGCCUCCUGCUGCAAAGUACUGUAACUUUGACCAACACCCCCAAUGGAUGAAGUGCUACUACAAACUGCACCAGAAGUUUGUUAAAGAAGAGCUGGAAUGUCAGAAGAUUUGCAAAGAGGAAUGUGGGUCUAGUGAGUGGGAACUAAAUAUCAAUCUGGCCCAGUGGCCGUCAGAUGUUUCUGAGAAGUGGAUGCUGCCUGUUCUGACUUGGGACAAGGGCCUCGGACCCAACCAAACAUUAAACAAGAGAGAUUUUGCCAACUUGAAUAUAUUUUACAAAAACCUGUUCCAGAGAAUCAACUUGGAGAAACCUUCUACCAGUAUUUCUGACCUGAUAUCCAAUCUCGGAGGCCAAAUGGGUCUGUGGCUGAGCUGCUCCAUCGUGUGCGUGGUGGAGAUCAUCGAGGUCUUGUUGGUCGACGUGAUCUGGGUCCUAGUGAGGUGCUGCUGGAGCCGACAGAAGGUCAGGCAGGUCUGGGCUCCUUCAGAGCCUCCCCGGGAAGAUGAGGCCAACAGUCCCGUGCCCAUUUUUGACGACGGCUUGCCCACCUUCAAUGCGGCCCUCAGGCUGCCCCUGCCUGUCAGCUCCCGGCCGGCGACCCCUCCCCCCAUGUACGACUCCCUGCAGAUAGAGGAGCCCCACCCCGGGCUGGCCGGAGACCCUUCAGGGGCAGAGGAAGAGGAAGAUGGCCAGAAGAGGAAAUGA